AAACCGAGGCCUGAGAGAAGCCUUAGGGCAAAACUAACCUCUCAUACUUUGACACAACGCGUGUGACCCUCUCCGUCAACCAUGACCGACGAUAGCUCGUUUUCUCCGGCCAUCAACGCCUUAUCACCGCAACCCAACAUCGGAACCACCAUAGAAGAUGGUUCUCAAAACAGCAAGCAACUGCUCGAGAAUGAUGUUGACCUUGAAAAUGACCAUGAAACUGAGCAGUUGUUUGAGACUGAAGACAAUGAUCAUGAAGGUAAUGAUUUUGAGAAUGAGUGCGAGCAAUUGUUUGAGAUUGAAGGCAACGACCUUGAAACUGACAGGGAUGAUACAGCCAUAGUUGAUGGUCAAAAUGGCAUAUCUGAGAGAAAGGAGUAUCCCCCACCAGUUGUGGGGAUGGAGUUUGAAUCAUAUGAUGAUGCUUACAAUUUUUACAAUUGCUAUGCCAAAGAACUUGGGUUUGCUAUCAGGGUGAAAUCUUCUUGGACAAAACGCAACAGCAAAGAAAAGCGCGGUGCAGUGCUCUGUUGCAACUGUGAGGGUUUCAAAACAAUAAAAGAAGCAAACAGUCGCAGGAAAGAAACUAGAACAGGUUGUCUAGCAAUGAUAAGGUUGAGGUUAGUGGAAUCUAACAGGUGGAGAGUUGAUGAAGUCAAGCUUGAGCACAAUCAUUCAUUUGAUCCCGAAAGAGCACAAAACUCCAAGUCACACAAGAAGAUGGUGACUGGUGAUAAAAGGAAGUUGGAGCCACCUGUUGAUGUUGAAGUACGGACAAUCAAGUUGUAUCGAACACCUGUGGUAGAUGCAAUUGGUGAUGGAAGCUCUAAUUCCAACGAAGGAGAACCUAACAACCAUGUUGAUCGUUCCAAGCGCUUGAAGCUUAAAACAGGAGAUGCACAAGUCAUUUACGAUUACUUCUGUCGGGUUCAGUUAACCGAUCCAAAUUUUUUCUAUGUGAUGGAUAUCAAUGAUGAAGGGAAUUUGAGGAAUGUAUUUUGGAUUAAUUCUAGGGCUAGGGCUGCAUAUGGUUAUUUUGGUGAUGUGGUUGCAUUUGACACAACAUGCUUGUCAAACAAUUAUGAUAUUCCACUCUUUACAUUCGUUGGUGUGAAUCACCAUGGGCAGUCUGUUCUGUUGGGCUGUGGUUUGCUUGCAGAUGAGACAUUAGAAACAUAUAUUUGGUUUUUUAGGGCAUGGCUGACGUGCAUGUCUGGUCGACCUCCACAAACCAUCUUAACAAACCAGUGCAGGACCAUGCAAAGUGCAAUUGCGGAGGUGUUCCCCAGGGCUCACCAUCGAUUUUGUUUGCCACAUGUCAUGCAGAGCAUUCUUGACAAUUUGGGAGAGUUGCUGGAAUACGAUGCAUUUCAGAACGAAUUUAGGAGGAUAGUGUAUGAUUCUUUAAAAGUGGAUGAAUUUGAAAUGGCUUGGGAAGACAUGAUCCAGCACUUCGGAAUGAGAGAACAUGAGUGGCUUCAACUUUUGUAUGAAGAUCGAGAGCGAUGGGCACCAGUAUAUUCGAAAGACACAUUCUUUGCUGGAAUGUCCAACUUUGAAAAGGGUGAGUGCAUGAGCCCUUUUUUUGAGGGUUAUGUGUAUCAACAAACUUCUUUGAAAGAGUUUUUUUACAUGUACGAAUUAGUUCUACAAAAGAAGCAUCAGAAAGAAGCUCUUGAUGAUCUUGAGUCAAGAGAUUCAAGCCCUAUUUUGAAAACAAGCUCCUAUUAUGAGUUGCAGCUUUCUAAGAUGUGUACAAAAGCAAUAUUCCAGAAGUUCCAAGAUGAGGUAGUAAUGAUGUCUUCUUGUUUUGGAAUAACACAAGUUCAUGCAAAUGGGCCAAUUGUAACAUACAUGGUUAAAGAACGUGAGGGGGAGGAGAUUCUGCGAGACGUCAAGAAUUUAGAAGUUAUAUAUGAUAAAGCAGCAGCAGAAGUCCGUUGCAUUUGCAGUUGCUUUAACUUCAAAGGCUAUCUUUGCCGACAUGCGUUAUGCGUCCUUAACUAUAAUGGCAUAGAGAAAAUCCCGUUUCAGUAUAUUUUGUCUAGAUGGAGGAAGGAUUUUAAGCGUCUCUAUGUACCAGAUCUUGGCUCCAAUAAUGUUGAUAUCACAAACCCAGUACAGUGGUUUGAUCAUUUGUAUAGACGAGCCAUGCAGGUUGUUGAGGAGGGCAUGAUAUCCCAAGAUCAUUAUAUGGUUGCUUGGCAAGCAUUUAAAGAGUCCUUGAAUAAGGUUCGGCUUGUAGCAGAUAAGCAUGUGUAAAUUACAAUAAUUACCUCAAUAUUAAUGUGCAUAAUUCUUUGUCUCA